AUGGCGUCAAACGCGACUGCAAACCGUGUCGCGCGGUGGAUCCAGGAUAACCGCGUGGCAGUUGUGGCUCUUGCUGCUACUGCCACCGUUGCCAGUGCGGCUGGCCUUUAUUUCCUCGCAAGCUCAUCGACCGUGCCUCGUGCACCGACGCAGCCCAAGUCCUCGUCGUCAUCGGCGGCGGCUUCAGGAACAUCAUCCACAGCAUCCAAGAAGAAGCGUGCUAAGAAGUCGUCAAAAAAGUCAACGAGCAAGUCGGCAGCUGACGGACCCAUCCUUGACGAUGCAUCCGACGAGAGUCUUGCCGAGCUGAGCGAGUCUGAACUGCAACGUCUGCCUCAAGAACGCAAGGAUUCUGUUGCGCAAUACCUGAAAGGUUUGGGAAACAAGGCCUAUUCGAAUAAGAAACAUGAAGAGGCUAUUCAGCAUUAUACCAAGGCUCUGUCCAUCGUUCCCUCCGCCGUGUUCUACAGCAACCGCGCGGCUUGCUAUGCCAAUGUCGGCAAGCCAGAGAAUGUCAUCAGUGACUGCAAUGAAGCUCUGAAGCUUGAACCAACCUACAUUAAGGCUCUUAACCGCCGCGCUGUCGCUGCUGAACAGCUGGGCGAGAAGGCUGAGGCUGACAAUGCUGAGGGUGAGAAGGCCCGUCGUCGUCUCGAACAGAGUCUUUCCGACUUUACGGCCGUCGCGAUCCUCGGUCAGUUCCGCGACACAAGUGCUACAACGAGUGUAGAGCGUGUAUUGAAAAAGCUUGCAUCUAGCAAGGCGAAGCUCAUCCUAAGCCACCGCGAGCCGCGCUUGCCUAGCCCAACCUUCGUCAAGGCAUACCUGGAUGCGUUCCGUCCAAAAGACCCACCGUCUAUCGCUGACGGCGCGCCGCAGGGAGACAAGACUCUCCAACGUGCAUACGAAGCUCUCCAGGCUCAAGAUUACGCACACGCUCUGACGCUGUUUGAAGAAGCAAUUAAGCAGGGCUUGUCGUCCAAGGAACUUGAAGCAAACGCAUACAACAUGCGUGCUACUUUCAUGUUCGUUAUUGGUUUGGCGAAACGUGCGCUCGAAGAUCUAGACCACAGCACGGACUUGUGCCCGGACUACCUGCAAAGCUGGGUCAAGAAAGCCAGCGUGCAUGUGGAAUUAGGAGACAAGGACGCAGCAUUUGCGGACUUUGACCGAGCCAUGGCAAUCAACGCAGACGACCCGGACAUCUACUAUCAUCGAGGUCAAGUGCACUUUAUCCUUGGUGAGUUUGAUGCGGCACUGAGCGACUAUGAAAAGUCCACUUCGCUCGAUGACACAUUCAUCUUCUCACAGGUGCAGCAUGCUGUAGCAAGCUACAAGCUGGGCAACAUCGCUCGUAGCACUGCUGCCUUCUGCCGGAUCCUCAAAAAGUUUGAGAACUCGUCAGAGUCCUACAACUACUUUGGCGAGCUUAUGCUCGACCAGCAGCGCCAUGAAGACGCGGUCGCCAAUUUCAACAAGAGUAUUGAACUAGAGCGCAAAAAGUCAAAGGGUACGAAUGUUCUUCCAAUGAUCAAUAAGGCUCUUGUGUUGUUCCAGUGGAAGCACGACUUGGCAGGUGCUGAGGCUCUAUGCCGCGAUGCUCUAGAGAUUGACCCCGACUGUGAUGUGGCGAUCGCAACUCUUGCACAGCUCAGUCUGCAGCAGAGCAAGAUUCCCGAGGCGAUUGAGUACUUCCGCCGCUCUGCGGACAUCGCACGCACUGAGCCAGAACUCGUGAAUGCCAUCACGUACGAGUAUGCCUCGCGUGCGCAAUUGCAAUUCAUCCGUGACUAUCCUGAGCAGGGCGCGGCUUUGAGCCAGAUUGCCAGCUCGCUCAUGUAA